AUGCCACGUCUUUUAGCUAGCGCAUUGAGCCUGCGGCGCGACCCGCGCUUGCUCAAGCUCCCGCCCUACCUCUCUCUGCUCUGCAUCGUCGUUGGCGUCGUCUGGCUUUUCCUUCUUCCACUCGACGACUAUUCCCGAAGAACAUACAUAUCCGAGAACGCCCUAUUACCAGGCCAAGUCCAUACAUACUUUGGUGGCAGCGAUCAGAAUGUCUUCCGCGCGUAUAAGUACGAGACGGACGAGCUGGCUGGCAAGGGAAACAUCGAGGUCAACAACAAACUCGAAUCGAUUGCCAAAGGCCUCGGUCUGAAAGUUGGCCGUCAAAACUUCACCUACAGUUCCGCCGGCAACACCCAUUCCGGCCAGAACAUCUACGCGAUCCUCCAAGCCCCGCGCGGCGACGCCACCGAAGCCAUUGUCCUCGUCGCCGCCUGGGAAAACGUCAAUGGGGAACUCAACCGCAGCGGCGUGCCCCUCGUUCUCACCCUCGCCCGUUACUUCAAGCGCUGGUCGCUCUGGUCCAAGGAUAUCAUCUUCCUCUUCACGCCCGACAGCAUCGCGGGCCCGCAGGCCUGGGUCGACGCAUACCAUGACGCCCACGACUCGUCACUCGUCGCUAGCUUGCCCCUCAAGAGCGGUGCGUUGCAGGGCGCCAUUGCCCUUGACUACGCCCGCGAAACCCGCUUCAAGAGCGUACAUAUCGUGUACGAUGGAGUCAAUGGCCAGCUUCCCAACCUCGACUUGAUCAACUCGGUUAAUCAUGUGGCUGGCGGCCAGAUGGGCAUGGGCGUUGCGAUCCAGGAGAUGUGGGAGCACAGCAAUAGCUAUCAUGAUCGGCUACAGACUAUGUUGCGUGGUAUGCUGAAGCAGGGGCUGGGACUGGCGAGCGGCCCGCACAGCAGUUUUAUCCCGUACCAUGUGGACGCGGUCACGUUGCAGCCGUUCGGUGACGGCUGGCAGGAUGAGAUGGCCAUCGGAAGGGUUAUCGAGGGCACCUUCAGGAGUCUGAAUAACCUGCUGGAACACCUGCAUCAGAGCUUCUUCUUCUACCUGCUCAUGCAAAAGGAGCGCUUCGUCAGCAUUGGCACGUACUUGCCCAGCGCCAUGUUGGUGGCGGCCAACUUUACGAUUAUGGCGAUUGCUCUUUGGGUGAAGAGCGGACAGCCAGAGGUACGGGAGGUCAUCACGGAGAAGACCGAGACGGCUGAGGAGGCUGGGAAGGUCGCUUUGCCGAACCCCCACGUCACGGUGGAGAGGGAUCUUUUUCUUCCUUUGGUCCUCGUCGCAGCCUGCCAAUUUGCAGGCGUGGUGCCUCUUUAUCUGUUCAACCACCUUUCAGAGAGUGCCUUAAUCCCAGCCUUCAUCUUCUUCACCAUCCUCUCUGCCAUUCUCCCCUUCCUCCUCUCCAGCAUCCUUCACAACUCGACGACCUCAACCACAACCCAACAAUAUCACCUCAUCCGCUCCUUCUCCCUCCUCCUGCUCGGCAUGUUCCUCUCCUCACUCGCGACCCUCAACUUCUCGCUCGCCUUUCUCGUAGGCGUCUUCAGCGCUCCUCUGACAUUCGUUCGCCCUUGCCCCAACUCCCCCUCAAAUGGCUGUCUAUGGUCGUUUUGUCUGGAUGAAAAGGUGGGGUAUGGGUUGGGAGAGGUGCUGAGACAGGCGGCGUUUGCGUGGGAUGUCACGGGGACGUAUACGCCUGUUGUGGUGUGGUGUGUGUGGUGGCCUGCUUGGAUCGUGGGGGUUGUAUCUGUCUUGGGACGGCCUGAUACUAGGGAGAACAAGGUGAAGAAAGCUUGA